UUUUGCCGCAACUACUUCUAUUAUCAGUAUUUUAAUUACUAAACGUCAACGGUACUGGGCAACUGCCAUUGUGGCCGUUUGGCCAUUGCAUGGUUCUUAGCCCUUAGCCGUUGCCUAGACCGUUGCCUAACCGUUGCCCUGCCGUCGGCAUCGGGUUGCCGUGGCGAUAGAGCGUGUGGUUUUACUCGUAGUGUGUGCUUUUGUUGUGUUAAUGAUAUCAAAUAUCACUUCAAGCAGAGUUUUAGCUAGCGUCUAUUGUGUGUUUAGAAGGAACGUAUUUGUCGGUUGCGCUGAAGAAUUAGAGAUGACCAUUUUGUUCAUCGUGGAAGCCUGAAUGAAACAGUGCCAAUGGUUAGCGCACAUCCCUCUUUAAUUUUCUUUGUUGUGAGGCAAUGUCAACAAAAAUUGAGGAUGAAGACUUGGAUGCUGGUGAGCAGUCGGGAGACGAAGAAGAUGAAGAAGGCGGGCUGUCCAAACGUCGUGGUGCAGGCCGAAGUGUCACAUUGAGCAUGCUGAUGUCCGAAGGCAUCCUUCAGCAUGGCGAAAACGUUCUGUCCAUUGACUAUCUUGGUUCAAGAUUCACCGGUGAUUUGCUGAAGGACGGAAAAAUCAAGUGGCGUGAAACUCAAGAAGUCUACUCUUCACCUAGCUCGUGGGCAGUUCACUGCAAAAAGUUGUUAAACCCUGACAAGAAGUCUGGUUGUGGCUGGUCCACGAUCCGGUACAAGGGAAAAAAACUGGAUUGGUACAAGGCUACCUGGUUCAGAAAACAGAGGAUAAAGAAGGAUGACAGAGAAAAUAACGUUGGGGCCAAGACUCCUACCGGAGAGAAGACAAAGUCUGGGAUUGUUAUCAAGAAGCCUUUGGCCUACCAGAAUGCACCAGGGCAGCCAGCACCAAAGGAGACUCUUAUUCUAAGUCAUGGAGCCCUUGGGACUCGCAAUGUUGAUUGUGAUUUGAACACCCUCGUCAUCUCCACGCCAUUUAGUGUUCUGGACCGGAUUCAACCAUUCACAUUGACAAUAUCUACAAAUUGCUUACUGCUUAUUGACUUUCACUGCCACUUGACUGAGAGUGAAGUGGUUGGUUACCUUGGCGGAACAUGGGACAUUGCUGCACAUAACCUCUCCAUAUUGCAAGCGUUCCCAUGUAGAGGGAGACUUGGGGACAAGGAGGCUGCUCCAGCCAUAGAGGAAGAGAUUCGUGAGUCACUUGAGCAACGCCAUCUCACCGUUGUGGGUUGGUACCACAGUCACCCAAAAUCUCCACCACAGCCAAGCUUACGAGACUGCAACUCCCAGCUGGACUACCAGAUCACUAUGAAGGGUGAAAGUGAUUCUUCAUAUACACCAUGCGUUGGCCUCAUAUGCUCUCCUUAUGUUAAAGAUGAAUCCUGCGUAGAUGCCAAGUACCUGGCCUACUGGGUCAUGCCUCCACCAGAGCACAGACCCAAUGAGUAUGGAAGGCCAAUGCAGAUGAUGUACAAUGUUGCCCAGGAUUCAUUCCUGACUCAGGAUCUUCUAAUGGAAAUGCGUCUGCUGUCUGAGUACUACCGUGGAUCACCAGAUGCACUCAACUUUUGCAAGGAUUUCGAGCCUCACAACAUCAGCUACUGGGAGAAACUGAAACGCUCGCUGACAUCCAAGCUUCCGCGUGAUCUGCAGGUCACAAGUGGUGACACACAAGGGCAAGCUGUUGAUCACUUUUGGGAAUUUGUGAAGGGUCUCAUCAUGCCAGUGUAGUGACACUAUGUGCUCACAACCUUUGGACCAUGCGAGUGGCACUUGUUGCAGUGCGCUGCCACCUUGUCAAAGUUCUAGCCCUUAUCGGAGAUCUAUAAUGAUUUAAGCCUGUGUUGCACAUUUGGCUGCUUGCAAUGGAGCCCUGCAAUGCCCUGGGGCAAGUUGGUCGUUCUUAUGUUUAUUGAUAAGAGGGUGCUGGUACAACCUAACUGUGACUACUCUAGCAGCAGUGCAUCACUUCUGGCAUCACUGAUUUCGAUGAUGUGUGAUACUGGUGCCACACAGUUUGGUGUGAUUUUAGUCCUGGCUCGCAGCUCACCGAUGCUCCCGGUCACCAAGUGGCAAGCAGCCUUCUGCUGGUUAGUGCAUAGUUUCAUACAAUUACUAGUGGGAACUGUGGCACUAGUGUAUAUGGGAGCUGCAAGCAAGGUGGUUCAGCCAGCAUAGGCAUGCUGGUUAGUGCAUGGUUAGUGCAGUCGUUGCCUUCUGCAUUAAGACAAAAAAAAAGUAUACAUUGCUUAAAAAAUUGAAGCCAAUGAAGGCAGAUAAAGCAUAAUAAAUGAAGCUACAAGAAUGUCUGAAGCUACAAGCACAAAGAUCAGACCCAUGUACUUGCCAUCAUUCCCAUGGUGGCUUAACGAUCACUGUGCCUGAGUUCCUUCUAGCAACUAUUGUAGGAAACUAUAUGGGUUAGUGUAAAUAUACUCUCUGAAAGUCAUUAUAGUUCUAAUUGCAUCUGUCAGAUAGUGUGACUUUGCUUCGCUGUAGAUAAUUUGAAGAGAGGUGAAAUCAUUUGCAUAUAUAUAUAUAUAUAUACAUAACAUAUAUUUAGAACAGAUAAUGUGGCCCCCUUACAGGCCUUCAAUUUUUACAUUUUUCUUUGUGCAUGGCAUGGGAAGUAACAUUUCUUGUAUAUUUUUUGACACGUGUAGAACAUGCCAGUUCCACUGUAUCUGGAAUGCAAGGCAUACAUAUACUGUUUUUAGCCCAUUAUUUCAGUGUUGUUUAAUCACCUGCUCCAAUGCUUCAUUUUAAUUGCAUGUAAGCUGUUUCUUAUAAUUCUAGAAAUUUUUUACGCCCUUGACAGAUUUUUACAAGUAUACUCUUAAUUAUUAUGUUUUCAUGUAUAUAGCCCAUCUGUACCAAAAUUGUAUAUUAUUCUGCUUUACGGUAUGAUGUGUCACAACUUGACACUAGUGUAUUAGACCUUGAAAGUGCUUACUUGCUCCCUCUGCUUGAGCAUAUUUUACGAGAUAUAUUUGAAAGUUUGUGUGCUGCUUUUUGCGAAUAGUGUGGAAAGAGCUUUCAUGAGUCAUCAAACCAUUUUGUGUGUGCAUCAGAGCAUGUGUCAAUUGAGUGAGGUCUUCUAUAGUAAAGUGCACUGUGUUUGCAAGGAUAGGUAAUGACUGAAAGGUGCGAGCUUUUUACGACGACGGAAAAAGACAAUAUUACAGUUAUAUAACAAUCUGAACAUACAACCAUAACUGUGGUAAGAUGUUUCACAUAGCGUGGAUAUCUAACCCGCAGGUCCACUACAGCAAUGCAGGUCUGCAUGCUCAUGCUGGGCCGCCCGCACAUUGUGGUGUAUCAUCCGUUCCACUCUAAAUGUCUUAUAAAGGCCACAGUGCGCUGCCCUGAGGGGGCGUGUCACUUGUGCUUGUGGGCAGAUCUGUGUAGUGAUGACAGACCAGCCCAUGGGGCUCCUUUGUUUUGUAGCCAUAUUUGCAGCUUGUUGCAUUGUUGCUGCUUUGCUGACAUACUUGCACUCUAAGCACAUGCAUCUGUAUACACCACAGAAUUCUAAGAAGUUGGCUCAUCUACAGGGCUGUCACCCAGUGUGUGAGCCUGUCACAUUUUGAAAGGUUAAAUUACAAGGAAGAAAAUCUUGUGUUAUAUUCAGAGAAUGGCUCCAUGAAUUUAGCUCGAGGUGUUUUCUCAGCCUGAUAAUUUCAUAAAAUUUCAUUCUAUUCAUGCAAAUAUGGCAAUACACUAGAUUUGCUUGAAGCUGAAGGAGUGCAGCACUCGUGGGUCAGCAAUAUUGUUCUUUUAGCCUCUAUUGUGGCCUUUUUGUAAUGUUUUUAGCAUUUUGCAGCCAUUUUGAAGUGAUUACGUACAAUGUUUUGUAGCAAUCAUGCAUGAGCACAUCUGAAACUACUGUAAUUCUGCAUUGUAUGCACAUACAGAUGGAAAAUUAGCCUUUAUUUAAUAAACAUGAGUUUCUACCUUCCAUGCAUAAUUGCUGUGCCUCAUGACCAAGCUCCUUAUGUGAAUUGUGAGGUGCAGAGAAUAUUUUCCACAUAACUUGGGUAGCCUUCUGGGGAGCAAUGAAGAGCACUAUUUGAAACAGUUCACUGCGGCAGCACUUUUUGAGCUCCUAUUUCUCAUGUGUCAUGACCUACCGAUGGGUCAUGCUCGUUUGAAACUUUCGCGAGCUCCUUAGCAAAGUAAUACUUGUUGAGGGGCUAGUUGGCGCAUGUUUCCAGAAGAGGGUUGUAGCGCUGAAAAAAGACAACACACGGCAAGCGAGACAGGACAGGCGCAAUGCAUAUCCCAUCUCGCUUGCUGUGUGUUGUCUUUUUUUGGCGCUACAACCCUCUUCCUUAGCAAAGAUGUCACUUGUGCACUACAGGAAAGCCCUGUGCACAGCUGCACAGGGGAAAUCACCAGCGUGACCUGCCCGUGACCCACGUCGCAGUCAACGUGUUAACAAAGCUGCUAAGUAUUAGAGACAAUUAGGAGUGUGCAAAUAGCGAGGUUUCAGCUUUUAUUGAUUAUGUAAUGUUAGAAUGCAUGUGUGAAGUUGUAUGUAGGACUAAAUUAGAAUAUUGAAUUCGGUCCGUAAAUAAAAGAAACAUACUAUGUAUUCGUGUUGAAGGGGCCCCGAAACUCUUUUCGAACAUAGUAAGAAAAUGUUGCCGAUCUGUCAACGAGGCUCCUGUGAACAUGCGAGCCAAAUAAUAUUGCACUGCAUGCAGCAGAGAAUUUGCAAUCUCGUGUCAAAAGCAGUGAAAAAUCUCUUGCUCUCUCCUUCGCAACGGCGUUAUGCAAUGUCAUUGCAAGCAGCUGGACCCACCAACAGCUACUGACUGAUUUCAUGAUCACGCAAGCAUUCUCAAUACAAUUAUUGCUCAUUUGUGUUAUACCAAUGAAAAAUAUGUCUGUCUGCGAUCUCAAUACAACAGAAAAAAGAUUUACUCUUUGCGCUGCCAGUCUACACACGACAGUUGCAUGUGGCCUCCGAGAUUAAAAGCGUAGUGUAGGUACUGCGGCUGCUACAAGGUGCCGCCAUAAGCCAUCUCACCGUUAAACGUUUGGGCAGGGCCAGCGAGGCAUUGCUCCUUCAUGUGUGUAGCUUCCAGCUUGCUAGUGGAAAUGAAAGGAGAAAGAAAGCCGCUCAUCGGUCCAAUAACUAUGUAUAAUUCCACUUGUGCUUGAAGGAUUCGAAAAAUUUCUCUGGCAGGACAUAAUUUAAUAGUGAUGUCAUUCUAUAAUUAGUUAUAAAGGUGUUUCAGGACCCCUUUAAGCUAGAGGCCAAGACAUGAUGGAGGAGCUGAACUGACAGCAACAGCUUAAAGACAAAUCAAAUCAAAAGCAGGAGCUUAAUUACCAUAUUUGCAUGAUUAUACCAUGCCACCGAUUGACACGCAAGUAUAUUACUGCCCAAAUACCCCAAAAUAUAACUUGCUACCGUUUCUACAGCACACAUCAAGUAAUGAAACCUGAGUCAACUUGUUCCGUGUUGAAACAAUAUUAUGGAACAUACAAAGGCCACACAGACACGCACACAGCUGAAUCUUGGCGGCUAGUGGCUAUCGGAGUCUGACAACACCUCCUUUUCGCUGUCUACCAACCACAGAAAGUCAUCUUCAGUUCCAUUUAAUGCAUUACAAUUGCCACACUUCUAGAGGCUCCCACAACCAUCGUCUCUGAGAGGGCAUCCCACGCAGCAUGGACCCACCUUGUGUUGUCUCCGAGCGUCACUUUCUUCAGACAACCUGAUCGAUGGCACUGUAGCUAGCUACCUUGCAUUGAGAAUAGGUUACGAUUGUAACAUGCAUGCAAAUUUGAACACACCUUUUAUUUAAAAGAAAGUGCACGUUAGAGUCAUGCAAAUAUGGUAAAUUUUUAUAUUUAACAUGCAAAACUCACUUUAUAGAGGUUAAUAAAUAAAGCUUAAAAUUAAACCCAAAUAGGAGACAAAGCUUGUGGAAAUGCUCUGUGUUUAUGGGAUAUAGCGUGUACAGUAAACCUUCAAAGAUACCGCCGCAUCUGUCUUUUUCGCGGUGAUGGUGUGACUGACAUAUGCCACCAGAUAUUUAGCAUUUGAUAUUGCCACAUCCCUGUGAACAAGUGACGUUGACUCAUUUCGUGUAAAUAGUUACUCGGGCUGAGCAAGCAAUGCUUUUGAUGUUUGCUGAUGGAGAAGAUGAUGUUGAAAGUGUAGGAGUGACACAUAAAGACCUCCAGUGUUGGCCCGAAGCAGCUUGUGGUGCUGCCCGUAAAAGUGUGCAUGUGUAAACAUCACCGUUGCACUGACUUCUUAGAUGUACAGAUCUUGGAUGUCAUGUUGGUGAAGAGAACUGUUUGACACUUCGAAUUAUUUGAAAUUAAAUACCUAAGCAUUUGAAAGUUGGAUUGGAUUGUUUGGCAAGUUAUUACAUGUUAAUUCAAAGUUUGAAUGUUUACAUGCUCCUAGAGACAAUGCUUGCUUGCAUGGGGCAGCCAGAUCAACUACCUGCACCUCGAAUGCAUCAGCUGUUAUCAUAUUUCACUUUCAUGCUACCAAAUUAACACAAUCAUCUUGGAAACACAGAUGCUAUCCAAGUUACAACUGCAAUGUGCAUUCCAUUACAUUCUUUCCAGUUAUGAGAUUAAGUGUGUUGUGCUCACUUUUCACAUUUGACUGUCAAGUGUUUUGUACAUUCAGCUCAAGAAGUGUCUUAUGAAAAGGGUCUCCGAUAACAAAUGGGAAGUCUAAUGGGCAGGUUCAAGCCAGUUUCUUGUGUGAGCUUAGCUUGGAAGCAGAAAAUUUUACAAUGUUUUUGUCAUCAUAUAAUGCAGACAUCAAUGUGUUUGUCAAAAGUAGCAGUCAUUAUGCCCUGCCAGGUAUGGUGGUAGCCCAUCAUGUGUGUUUAGGAUGCAGCAAGGGACAAAUAAAGUAUGGCUACUGCAGUUUUAAUCGUAA